CCCAUGGAGCCCCCCGCCCUCGCCGCCGCCCUGGCCCUCUCCGGGCUGGCGCUGAGCUGCUGCCGGGACCCGCUUCUCUCCGAAUGUUACACUGCAAAUGGCGCUGACUAUCGCGGCACUCAGAACCAGACCUCCCAAUAUGCAGGGAAACCUUGUCUUUUUUGGAAUGAGACCUUUGAGCAUCCGUACAAUACUCUGAAAUAUCCCAAUGGGGAGGGAGGGCUUGGAGAGCAUAACUACUGCAGGAACCCAGACGGAGAUGUCAGCCCGUGGUGCUACAUUGCAGAGCACGAGGAUGGAAUAUAUUGGAAAUACUGUGAGAUCCCAUCCUGCCGAAUGCCAGGGAAUCUCGGGUGUUACAAGGAUCAUGGAGAGCCACCACCUCUGACCGGCACCAGCGAGACCUCCAAUAAACUCACUAUCCAAACGUGCAUCAGCUCCUGCCGGAGUCAGCAAUUUAAGUUUGCAGGCAUGGAAUCAGGUUAUGCUUGUUUCUGUGGAAAUAAUCCCGACUACUGGAGAUACGGGGAGGCAGCCAGUACGGAAUGCAACAGUGUUUGCUUUGGAGACCACACUCAGCCCUGCGGUGGGGAUGGCAGAGUCAUUCUUUUUGACACACAUAUUGGUGCCUGUGGAGGAAAUUACACUUCUGCUACCGCUGUGAUCUAUUCCCCGGAUUUUCCUGACACAUACGGCACAGGCAAAGUCUGUUACUGGACCAUACAAGUUCCAGGGGCAUCUCAAAUCCACUUCAGCUUUGUGCUUUUUGAAAUCAAAGAUGCUACAGAUAUGGUGGAGUUGCUGGAUGGCUACACCUAUCAUGUUCUAGCUCGUUUCAACGGCAAGAACCGGCCUCCCCACACCUUUAACAUCUCUUUGGAUUUUGUCAUUUUGUACUUUUUCUCAGAUGAAAUCAAUCAAGCCCAGGGAUUUGCCAUCAGAUACAGAGCUGUGAAGGACAAUGUGCAUCAGAAGAGCAUUCCAAUGAAUCAGACCCUCUUGGAGAAGAAAACUGAACAAGCAAAUCUCAGCAUCAACACGGCCCGGUCAUCAAAGAUACUUUAUGUCAUCACAACCAGCCCAAGUCAUCCUAGCAGCUCCAUGCCUGAGUGGACAAUAUACAGUCUCACAGCGCUGCUCAUCCUCAGUGUUACAGCCAUAAUAGCAAAGAUAUUUCUCCACAUAACCAUGAGGUCCCACCCCAUCCCAUCUGCAGCUGAAAGGGGAGACUCCGGGGAGGUCACCACUGCUGGGGAGAUCUGGAGCAUAUUCUACCAGCCAUCCACAUCCAUAUCCAUCUUCAAGAAAAAGCUUCGAAGUCAGCAAGACGAUUGCAACCCACUAGUGGGAAACUGAAGUGUCUUUUGUUCUACAAGAAUCAGUCUUCUUAAAAUCCAGGUGACUUGGGAAUAAUCCCUUUUUUUUUUUUUUUUUUAGCUCCCAGUCUCGUACUUGUUUUCUAAAAAAGUCCAUUUCCAAAGGCCUUUGAGUAACUUUGCUUAUCUGCUGUUCUCUUGGGUGUACUAAUGGCAACAGAUUUAAUUGCAGCAAUAGUUUUGAAAUACCUGGUGCUCAUCAAAUCUGUAGUGCUGUUAAUUACUGCCUUUAAACCAAAGCACUUAAAAUACCUGUAAAAACCUGUACAAUUCAAAGUGCCCUGUGCCCCUGCCAAGAGUAAUUGAAGAGUACCUGCAGGUUGAGGACUCCUCGUGCCCUACUUUCCUGUGUGGCUGUUUUGUACCAGGCUGCCUUAGUCCCUUUAUUCUCGAGGUGGACACUGAUAACCUGCUCGGUUGCCACAGCAACUGGAGCUUAUUGGCCUUAAAACACAGCUAAAUGGGACUGCACAAUAAAAGGGGAGUCAAAGACUUGGAGAAACAGCCUGGUUGCCCCGUUCUCUGCUCUUUCCACGUUUUCUGUUUCUACAAGCAGAGAUGUACAAAUAAAAAUCAAAUCAAAUUCAGGAGGGAAACACUCUGUGGAGCUUCAGCUGCAAAUGGAGUAACGGCCACCAGGUCACGGUCUGCUUGAGCAACGGAGACUUUAAACGACUGCGUCUGACCCACCUUUCACCAGUGAUCAUGAUGAUUUUGUUCAUAUUCACAGUGAUCCUUUAAAAAACUACUGUGCUCUGGUCAGAGCCCUGCAUUCGCUCUGGAUGUAAACUUAGGGCUUCUUAAAGAAAGUCCAAAGAAACUGUAAAUUCGCUGAAUUUUUGAACGGCGAGGCUGAAUAACACAAAUGCUUACUCUGGACUUAAAGACAUUGAGCUGAGCAGCCUAAACCAGUGACAAAGCUGCCACCAGCUCUCAGCAACUCAGUUGCCUUGUUACUCACCUGUGAGAAGAAAAAGUGUCUCCUUGCCUGCAAAAUUAAAACUGAACUGCAUUUUUGAGAAGAAUGCCUUUGUCAAAGAACAAAACCAUCCAUGGGGGUCUGCUCUACGAAACAGUUUC